AUGUCGAUGAUUACGGCCGCUCAGUGGGUCCCAAGAGGAUUCGCUGCGCCGUUUCCGCAAAAAUACACACUUGACGAGGCCGAAUAUGAGAGAAUAGCGGAACUCGCUAAGCUCCAGCUCGACGAUGCUGAGGAAGACCUCAAGGAAGCGCAAGAGCAGGAGGGCGAUGAUGAUGCAAUGAUCGAUGAAGCACCCGCCAAGGAUAAGAAGAAGAAGUCCAAGUCAAAAACCAACUACAACGACGACAAGGACCUAGAGAAAUACGAUCUGGACAACUACGACGACGAUGAGGAAGUCAAGAUUACCGAAGAUGUCCAGGGUCUUAGCAUGUUUGGCAACAUGAAAUCUCUCAGCUACUACGAGGACAACAAAGACGACCCUUAUAUCACGCUCCAGGAUGAGGACGAUGAGGAACAGGAAGACCUGCAGAUCCUGGCUACCGACAACCUGAUUCUGUCGGCAAAGGUCGAGGACGAAAUGGCACACCUGGAAGUGUACGUCUACGAAGAUGCCAGCGACAAUCUCUACGUCCACCACGACAUCAUGUUGCCCGCCAUUCCCCUCGCCGUUGAGUGGAUCGACAUGCCCGUAAGCAACAACGGCAGCGAGGGUACCGACGCCCGCGGCAACUCAGUGGCCGUCGCGACCAUGGACCCUGAUAUCGAGAUUUGGGAUCUCGACACCAUCGACAGCAUGUAUCCCAACGCCAUUCUGGGCCCCAGCGCCGACUCCAACCCCAGCAUCGUCAAGCCCAAGAAGAAGUCCAAGAGCAAAAAGACCAACGACAACUACCACGUCGACGCCGUCCUGGCGCUGGCCGCCAACCGCAAGCACCGAAAUCUGCUGGCGUCUGCCUCAGCCGACAAGACGGUCAAGCUGUGGGAUCUCAACACGGCCAAGUGCGCCAAGUCAUACUCGCACCACACAGACAAGGUCUGCUCGCUGGCCUGGCACACGGUAGAGCCCACCGUCCUCUUGAGCGGUAGUUAUGACCGCACCAUUGUCGCGGCCGACAUGCGCGCGCCCGACGCCAAGGCUCCUCGCUGGGGCGUCGAGAGCGACGUGGAAAAUGUCAAGUGGAACCCCCACGACCAAAACUACUUCUUCGUCUCGACCGAGGGCGGUGCGGUGCACUACUACGAUGUGCGCAAUGCGCCGUCGGACCCUGCCGCGAGCAAGUCGGUGUGGACGCUGCAGGCGCACGACGAGUCGGUGUCGUCCUUUGACAUCAACCCCAUCAUCCCCGGCUUCAUGGUCACCGGCUCGACUGACAGAACGGUCAAGCUGUGGAAUAUUCAAGAAAGUGGUCCGUCAAUGGUCGUUUCGCGCAAUCUUGACGUGGGCAAGGUGUUUGCUGCGACCUUUGGCCCCGAUGCCGAGGUUGGCUUCCGCCUGGCGGUCGCUGGCAGCUCAGGCAGCAUGCAUGUUUGGGAUACCAGCACCAAUGCUGCUGUGCGCAAAGCUUUUGCUGGGCGCGUACCGGAGCCGACUGGUGAUGUAGAGGAUCGUUUGGUCGGUGUGGAGGAUGAUGACAGCAGUUCCAGCGAGGAGGAGGACGAGGGUGGUGUUGCCGCCGAGGGCGCGAGCGAGGACGACGACGAGGAUGAGGACGAGGAUGAUGAGGAUGAGGACGAUGACGAGAAGAUGGAAGAAGAUUGA